CAAGGGUUUACCGAGGAUUUUGCAGAAGAAGGAGAAAGAGAAAAGAGAGAGAGAGAUGAGUGCAACGAGCAUCGCUUCUAGGUCUAGAUCCUUAGGCUCCAUCCUAAGAACCGCUACCAGAGGGAGUUUGAUCUCACCUAGACCUAGAAUCUCCUCCCCAAACAACCCUAAUUCCUCAUCUCCCCCUCUUCGUCAGACUCGAAUCGAUGCUUCUUCUACUCCCAGGUUAAUGCUGAGGCGAGAACUAAGCACGCAUCAACCAUUUCAUAGCGUCAUUGCUGCAGCUUGUCUUGUUUCCAAGCUCCCUUCUGAUGUCACCUCUUUUGAAGGUAGAUUUGUUAACUAUGUUAGUCCCAUCUAAAGAGGCAGCACCUGAAGUAGCUGGAUGGAUGGAUGGAUGGCUUUUUGCUCUAUUUUUUUUGUGUUUUCAACAAAAUUCAGGUUCUUUUAAGUUAAAUUUGCCAACAGCAUUUGCAAUGUUUCAGUUUAGAUGGAACCCCUGAUACAUGUAUUGGUAGAUGUUGUCACAUCCUUUUCCUUGGGUUCUUAUCUUAUUAAUCAAAUGUUUUUUUUUUGUAAGAUUAUUUCUCCUUGAUACAACUAUAUUUCGUUACAAAAUAAGAUCACUUUGCAC